CAUAUAUAAUUCAUUAAGCGUCACCAUAGCCACAGCCCAACAAACAGGCCUACUAAAAGCAACCAUUGCUCACUACAAGAAGGUACCCUGCUUGUUGGACCACAUCAAUCAUGCCUACAACAAAAACCUCCAAAACGAAGCGGGAGAAAGGCGGGAAAGGAAAGAAAAGCUCCAAACAUGAGCCUAAAUCCGAGAAGGAGCCGGAUCUGGAGACGGCCAGAGCCAACGCCGCUCUGUGGGAGCUGAAACUGAAGACCACCGAGCAGGAUCUAUCUGACUACCGGGGCGCCCACCAUAACAUGGCCCGCAUGAACGAGCAGCUCACCAAUCAGCUGUACCGCUCUGAGCAGAACGCUGUGGGCAUGACCGGGUAUUGGCAGAGAGAAGUAGAAGACCGGGAGGAGAAGAUCAGGAUGCUCGAAGAUAAACUCAAAACACAAGAGGCCCUUGCACUUCAAAAGAGAAACAAACAGGCUCAAGACUUUCAAAUGCUCCAGGACGAAAUAAGAAUAAUGGAGGAAAAUGAAGCUCGGUUGGAGAAGGAACUCAAUGUUAUGAGAAAAAGCAUGGACUUUUCAAAGAAAGAACAUGAGGAAAACCUAAGGAAAACUGAGGACAACUUCCAAAGAGAUAAGACAAACCUAAAGAGGGAGAUGAUGGUCCUGUGCAAUCAAGAGAUAGCCCAGAUGAAGCUGGACCACCAUGAAGCUAUUGUUCAGAUGGAAAGGGAAUUACACUCUGCAUUCAAGGAGCAAGAUCGCUUGAAUGAAACACUGAAAGCUACAAUCCAAAAAGCCGAAGACCUGAAGCAACUGACACAUUCGCUGGCUAAGGAAAAGCUCUCACUAACGCUGGAGAAGGACAUGCUCGAGUCGACGGUUAAGAAGAACACUGCAAAGAUAGAAGUAAAAGAAAAAAAGCUGUCUGAAGUCAUGGCCAAAGUUACUUCCCUGGAGCUGGCCCUUGGAGAAAUCUCCAGAAAACUCGAGCAUCAGGAAGAGGAGGAGAAGAGGAACCUGGUUACCAUUCAGGCCGGCCAGGUAGAGCUGGACAAACUGCAGAUGCUCCUCACCAUGCGAGAGAAGGAGAUGCAGCAUGUCAAGCAGUUGGCGAGGACCAUCAUAGAUAAACGCAGAGAAGUGGAGGUGUUCUUCCAUGAAGCGCUGGAUCAUGUCAGGCAGGAGAUUGUUGCCAGCAGACUUCGGUACAAAAAGCAAGCACUUCAGGAUUAUCAGCAGAAGUUUAGAGAGGCCACAGCUAGGAUGAUAAAGUUCCCACCCAUCCGUACCUUUAAUAAAAGUCCCAACAGUAACAGUUACCUUUAUGCAGACAUGGAGGCAGCUGCACAAGGGUCUCAUUCUCCAAGCAGCGAGGUCCACAUGUCUCAUCUCACAUGGGAGCAGAAGGAAAAAGUGCUCAGCCUUCUCUUUGCUAAAAUGAAUGGACAGACGGAAAGGAAGGUCUGCAGGGCUAUGGAUCUGUGCGCUUCCAGCAAGGAGCAGAAAUGGGCUUUUUGACACCAAAAUUGCACAAAGUAAAAAAACAUUGUACCUCAUCUGUGCAAUUUGGAAAGCCUGUGCAGAUUUACUGGUCCCACAUCACAUGUUUAUCAGGAAGAGCAGUGGCUGCGAGAACAUCAGUGACUACAUGUGAUUUAUCAAGACAGUUCGCAUUUUAGCAUCGCAAAGUGAUGAUUGUCCUCCAGAAUUAGAGAGGAGCUCUGCGGGGCGCUCAACGGACCCCAGGCGCCAAGUACAUUCUGCCCUCAACCUCAAACAGCGUGUCGGAUACGCACCACACCACAGGAGCUCAGUGCAGUUCUCAUUGCAUCUCAAAACCGUGUCUUUGAGUUGUGGGUUUC